AUGGCAUCUUCAAGCGCAACAAUUCGCCACGCGACCCGUGAAGAUGUUCCUACCAUCCUAGCCCUUAUCAAGGAGCUUGCGCUCUACGAGAACGCCAGCGACAAGGUUGACUCAACCGAAGAAAUCCUUACGCGCACCCUCGCACACUACGACCCUUCCACCUCGACCUUCUCUGAAGGCUUCGCCCGUACACUCCUCCUCAGCGACCCCGACGGCACGGUAGCAGGCAUGGCUCUAUACUACUACAACUACAGCACAUGGACAGGCGUGCCAGGCAUCUACUUGGAAGACCUCUUCGUCAAGGAAAGCUACAGGAAGAAGGGCUAUGGCAAGAGACUUCUUAAGGAGCUCGCUGGAGAGGUGCUCAAGGUCGGAGGCAGGAGGCUCGAAUGGAGCUGCCUGGACUGGAAUGAGCCCAGUCUGAAGUUCUACGAGAGCGAGAUCAUAGGAGCGCAAAGGAAGACGGCAUGGGUAGGCUUGCGUGUGGAUGGAGACGCAUUGGAGAAGCUUGCGAAGUCGUAA